AGCUUACCCCAGUUAUUCCACUUUACCUCUGGGAGCACUGAGAAUGGCCGUUGAAAAUGACGAUCCAUUUUUCAUGGUAAAAAUAUUUCAAGAGUGCCAAAGAACUUCACUUAGUCACCCACGACUAUUUUUGCAAUUGAGGGAUUAUUUUUCGAAGUCACGAUUCAGUCACUUCUGCGAUGAAUUCUUUGAACUGUGUCGUUACAGUUUGGUCAGUAGCGAGCGAACACCCUGCCGCGAAAGGACUGUGGAUUUCAUCACAAAUUUCGCUCUGUUCUGCGGUAAGACGGAAGACGACGGACCUAUGGACACGUUGAACAAUCGGAUUCUUUUGAAGUUAUUCCUUUUCUGUAUGAAAUAUAACGAGUGUCCCAGUCCGGCCGUGCGCUUCCGCUGUACGCAAAUUAUCCACAAGUUGCUCGAGGGAAUCGGUGAUAACGGAGCCAUUCCAGACGAUUUGUAUCGUAGCCUGCAAGACAUUCUUUUGCGUCGCGUGCAAGAUGUGAAAUCGGUUGUUCGAGUUCAAGCGGUUCAGGCACUCGCCCGCAUGCAAGAUCCAACAUUAGCAGAUUGUCCUGCAGUAGAGGCUUUCGUCUGGUUGACUCGACAUGAUCCAACCGUCGAGGUUCGUCGCGCUGCUCUUGCUGCUAUGGUCCUCACAACAAAAACGCUUCCCGUCAUCAUCGAGAGAUGUCGUGACGUUUCAGAUAGUGUACGUCGUACGGCCUACAAGAUUUUGGCUGCUCGGAGCGUGCUUCGACCUUUGUCGAUCGCGAGACGUAUUCGAAUACUGCAAGAUGGUCUGACAGAUCGUUCGGUGGAAGUCAAACAGGCUGCCCAGGAGUUGGUACUUUCUUGGUUCAGGGCAACAGACAAAGAUCCUAUUCAUCUUCUCCGACGAUUAGACACCGAAGGAGUUCCGGAAACCAGUCAAUUGCUUUUGGGAAAUUUAUUCACUGUCUUGCCGGUUGCAGAGUUUCAAACAAUGAUCAAAAACUGGAUUGCCACGUACUUGAAUGAAGAACGCAUCCUCAAGCCAGACAUGUACAGUGCCGAAGCAGCUUUCUUCUGGCGAGCAUUGGCCGAAUUCCUUUACAAUCGUCGGACGGACGGAUCCUCGUUGCCCAUCAAUUCUGAAGUUGGCCAACAGGAUCCAGUGAUUGCUGAAGAUGCUGAAGUGGACACUGAUCAAGAAAGCAAUGCCAUAUCAAUUGAAUCCAUUUUGCCAUCCGUUAGUACUUAUGUGGACAUGAUAAAACGCCUCGUGGAUCGCCUUAUUCAGCAAGUGAUUGCGCAUGAGUUUGAUGAAAAGGCAAUGGAACGCGAGUGUGUGGUGGAACAAGUUCUUCGUUUGGCCGAUUACAUCGACUUGAGUGAUGAGUUUGGCCGACGCAAACUAGGUGCCCUUAUUCAUGACUGGAUAACGAGUCCAGUGGUCACGAAUACCCUCUCUCCACAUCUUCUCAGAGUUCAUGGAUUACUCGAGCCAAAUCUGCGCAAACGGAUUAACGGCGUCAUCGAGAUGAUCAGCGAGUUAUGCGAUCCGGUUGAUGUGCCGGCAGCUUCAACAAACACAACGUGUACACAACCCAUUAUGGAUGGCGGUGCUAGUUGUUCACUGCCCCCCGUCACGUUGUUACCCGACGAACAGAAGUCGCCAGCUGCAAUCAGCAAAGACGAAGAGCGCGCUCUCCGACUUAAGAUUGCGAAGCUGGAAGUUCGUAUGAAUGAGCUCAAUGAGUCCUUACACAACUGCGUACUGCGCAAGGAUUUUGAAAAGGCCACUGAUCUGCGUGAUGAGUGCGCUCAAUUGGAAGCUGAGCGUUCCGCGUUGUUGCAUAAGCUUCGCGGUACCAACGUGGCUUUAAUGCCGGCUCCUGUGCCGCCCGGUGCAGCAGGUGACAGCAUUGCUGAUAUCAAAUCAGACACACCAGAGAAUCGAAUUUCCUCCGAAGAUGAAAAAGAGGCCGAUGAUGAGCCCCAUGGACUACUAGAUCGCUGCUCGGCAUCAGUUCUUUUGAAGGCUAACCGUCUGGCCUCUCUCAUCAUUCAACAAUCUCCGACCUUGUGGAGACUACCCGCAUCACUCCGCUCUCUAUUGGAUAGUCUGGUUUUCCCGAGCAUUCAGCAUGAAGAUCCUUCGGUGCGCAACCAGGCAAUUCUCACGUUAGGUCUGUGUUGCUCCAUGGAUCUACCCCUGGCUUUGCAAUACUUGCCGCUCUUCUAUUCGGCCAUGCGGGUUGAUCAUGUGAUGAUAAGCGAGACGGCGCUGAAAUGCAUCGUGGAUUGCUUGGUCAUAUUUGGCUUCCGACCGUUUCAUGACAACAAAGUCCAUCCGAACACACGUAUCACUCCGAUGGACGAAGGUACCGAAAUGAGCGGCGAGACAGAAGAGGAAGAAAGCGAUGUGUCCGAUGCAUCUGCCUAUGUGGUUCUGAAUCGCCAUACUGAACCAGGAGCCAAUGGAUCCACUACCACGAUGACCACUUUAACUCGUCGUGAAGAGAUGUCAAAGACCGCUGCGCGUCUACUGAAGCCCAUAGUGGCCCUACUGGAUGGCGAGGACGACGAUCUGCGCGCAACCAGCGCCCUUGGUCUAGCGAAGCUACUCAUCUACGAUCGGUUUGUCUCCGGUCUAGUGCUCAGCAAACUUGUCUUACUGUGGUUCAAUCCGCUUACUGAAGAUCGUCCAGCCAUUCGUCGUGGCCUAGCAUGCUUCUUCACGGACUACGCUUGCGGGACAUUGUCAUCCGACGGUUCUUCCGUUCACUUUGAACAUCAAUGUGCUUUGGCCGAUGCUGUUCUGCCUACACUUACUGCACUAAUCCGUGCACCCGCAUCAUCUCCAUUGUCCGAAAUUGAAGCGGCCGAUGUCGCCGCCCUACUUGCCCACUUGACUGACAAGACUUUACUCACAGCCAAGGAGGAUGUGGCCGCUGUCUCUGCCGGGUCUCUGAAUCGCGACGGACCCGGCGAACCCCAAAAUCCUACAACUGGAUCGGACACAUUUAAAGACAAUCCACAUCAUGACAAGCUGGCCCUCCAGUUAUCCACAGAGAUUCUCAAGGCACCCCAGUCUGCAGAAGCGAGACUCUAUCUUCGGAUGUUAUGUCAUUUACGCCCCUCGAUGAGCAAUGUGAAGGUCCACACUGAACUUUUCCUGCUCAGUGAGGCAAUGCUCAAGUACUCCGAUCGGUCAACCACACUGCUUCUGCAUCGCUUUCGGAAGAUUGUUAAUCAGAAUUUGGAACGCUUACAUCUGGAUCCGCAUACUUUGCUUGCCGAGGCAAAACGGAGCGCCGAGGCGGCGACUUCUUCGAUCUCCGUCAUUGUUGAACACUGCCGCCAUUCAUCUAGUUCUGGAGAGGGGGACAGCACACUUUUGGCUUCGUGUCACAAGACUUUGGAUCCAGAUCAUCCAACCUUACUUGGAUCCGCUCGAGUCAAUAUGCACCUGCUCACUUCCAAUGCACAUCCGUCGCAUAGCGUUGGGCCUAGCCAGCUACAUGCGAACCAGUCAUCUCGAGCAGCGAUGGGUCUCUCUUUAUUGGAUAAAUCGUUACGGCCUACCCAUGUAUUGAGGUUUUCUGAGUCUGAGGAUUCUGAUCAAGACGAGUCGUGUGAGCCUGUCGCUGGUUCUCGCCGUUUGUCUACUAGAUCAUUCUCCGCUUCAAAGAGCAAGAAGAGCAACAUUCGUGUAUGCAGUCCAUCACUUUCCACCGCUGACUUCCAGGAAGCCGAAAUCGAUUCACACGAAACCGAUGUAGAAAGUAAAACCGAAGAAGAGAACAAAGAGAACAGUGCUGUUCAGCGAACAAGACGAAAGCAUAAAACCAAAGCCAUUAGAUAACAUGUUUAUAGAUUAUAUGAAUUAACACUAGGAUAACUGCACGCCGUCAUCUAUUAAGAACGCAUUGACCACAUCCAUCAUUCAUGUUUCUGCGUCUACUAUUUUUCUGCUGUCAUAUUUUUAUUCCAAAAUGUACGUUCUCUAACUCCAUCUUCAUUACCGAAUGUUCAUGCUUUACCGCGUCAUAAAGCCCUAGUCUCACGAGAAAUUGUACACUUUCAGGUUUUUUGAGGCUUUACCGGUGUUGCACGUGUUUACAUUUAAUGUAUUUAGUCGUCUUAGA